UAAUACACUAUAUUGACAGUUUCUGUUUUGCUCGUGUGUAUGUCUAACAUUUUUCACAAAAACAAUGGCGACAGAGGCAUCUUUUCGAUGUCAGCUAAAAAGUGGGAGAUACUGUGUGAUUCACUCUAACAAAAUAUAUGAUUUAACGGAUUUUGUUGACAAACACCCCGGUGGUAAACAGUUAAUUGCCGACCAAGUUGGCAUGGAUGUUACGCAACUUAUGAAAAAUGACAUUCACAUACAUUCACCGGUAGCUUACAAAAUUCUUGAAAGAUUCUACAUUGGAGAAUAUAUGCCACAUCAGAGUAAUGGGCAUACAAAUGGUCACCUGAAUGGGCAUAAAAAUGGAGUGACCAACGGAACUGCCAAUGGCGCCACAUCAGCAAAUGGGGUCAGGGCCAGAGAACAGAAUGGGUCAUCAAAAUAUGAGAGUUCUCAGCCAUCUGGCAAGGACCAUCUCAUAGACUGGUCGCUUCCAAUUCUUUUCCAAGUCGGCUCACUAGGAGAAAAUUAUGAUGAGUGGGUUCACAGUCCAAUCGACACAUCACUAUGGUUAUUUAGGAAUCCUUUUGUUGAGUAUUUCUCAAAAGCUUAUUGGUGGACAGUGCUUCUCUACUGGGUGCCUAUUCUUAGCUAUCUUACGUACAACGCAGUGUGCAAAUUCCUGGAAGGCCCGGUUGAGUGGAAUAUUUUUGGCCUUGGAGAAGUGACUGUACCUGCAGUGAGUAUGCCGCUACUGUUUGUCCUCGGAUUCCUUCUAUGGACCCUGGAUGAGUACAUUGUCCAUCGGUGGCUGUUUCACUGUAAACCUCCAAGCACUUCCAAGUUCCUUAUCACAUUACACUUCUUGUUUCAUGGGCAACAUCAUAAGUCGCCGAUGGACAAGAAUCGUCUAGUUUUCCCGAUAGUUCCCGGAACAGGGAUGUGUUUUGGCUUCUACCUGGUGUACCGGAUAUUCUUUCCAGCCCUCAUAUCGCAGGUGUUUAUAGCGGGUACCAUCCUGGGCUACCUGUGUUAUGAUCUGACACACUACUACCUGCACUUUGGUUCGCCGUCCCUACAGUACUUCAAGAACCUCAAAACAUAUCAUGUCAAGCAUCAUUUCAAGACGCAGAAUAUGGGCUUUGGAAUAUCAUCAAAGCUGUGGGAUUACCCUUUUGGCACGGUCAUAAGAUAGGACAACGUCUUCAUGUGCGAGGGACUUUUCUAGCAAAUUCUUAACUUUACAUUACAAGAUCUGCAAUGUACUACACACAGCUUGGAGAUUGAAUGUGAUUAAAUUAUGUUUGUAUAUAUUGUUGUUUCUGAUAGGCCAAGGAAAUAUUUAUUAGAUUCACUUUAUUCAUUUUGAGAAAAAAAAAUCAGGAUGGGCGAAAAAAAUCAUUCAUAUCAACUUUGAGAAGUUUGGUGCCACACCCUUAGUUUUAAACAAAUUCUGGCCAAAUUUGGGAGGUGGGGAUUAGUAUUUAAAAAAAAAACGGCAUUACCUUUUGACAUAGCUGACUCACUUGAUAUACAUCAUAAUAAUUUUUAGUUUUUACAGAAAAAUAAGAGGUGAUGGAUUAUAAUUCAAGAAUUUUAAACGGGUUUUAAACAAAACAAAACUUAGUCAUUUUUACAUGAGCGAUCAUUCAUAAGUCUUCUUGUAUUAUAACAUGUUUACAAUUGUUACUAAUCUAUAAAAUCUGCUAUCAUUGUUGGCCUUGAGCUUUGAUAGCAUUAAGACUUUGUUCUCUUAUAAGAGUACCAUUAUCUUGUACCUAAACUCAUACACUGACUUGAAUCUGCACUAAUAAAUUAAGCUGGCUUAAACUAGUCUUGUAAUGUUGAAGUAAAGAAAACCACAAUUUAUAAAAAAAUGCAUAUUUAAAACCUAGCAUAGAAUUAAUAUACUGAUAUUUUUCUGCUGAUGAAAUAAUAAUGUCUCGAAUUAACCUAUACCAUAAAAUCAUGAGGUCAAAUUUGUUACCAUUAAAUUUUCCGAGAGUUUGCUACAUGCAGGUGACCUGUAAGUCCAUUUAAUUGAAUUGAGCAAUAUAACCCUCACAAGAGAACUGUCUUCUAGUUUUUGUUCAUAAUUUCUGGAGUUCUUCCUUAUCCAUAACCUUUUAUAUGUAAUGUUAUGAGCACAAAUUUGAAUCCCCACAUGUAUGAUCAUAUUGUAUGAGACUGCUUUGUGAUCUGAGAUCUUUCAGGGGCACAAUUUAGGUUGAUACAAAAGAAUGUUGUUUUAGUGUGUUAUUAUGUUUAACUCAUUUGACUUAAUGGUAAAAAAGGUUAGCUAAAAAGCAUAUGACUUAUGUAAAGAUAAAAAAAUUAUUAGCCUUUAUAAAUGUCUUUUUUCAGUUAAUGGCUACGUGGCCACAAAUAGCCGAGUUGAAAAGUACCAAAAUAUUACUAAUGUUUUUAAAUCUGUACAGAAAUCAAAGUCAGGUGAGUUAACAUAAAAAUGCAUUAAAAAUUUAAAAAAAAAAUCUUUUGCAUCCACCUAUGUUGUGCGCCUUCAAUACGAUUGGGGCCAUCUAUCAAGCGAACAAUAUCACACAACCAAGAACUUGACUUAAAUUUGAAAAGUUUUACUCGCGCACUAAAAUAUACAUUUGCCUUAAGUGACAAAUAAAGCUAUUCAUUUGAAAAAGAUAUAAUAACUACUCAAAAAUAUCAAUUUGAUUAAGUGGAAGUUAAUUACAUGGUCCUGCAUAUUGUAAUUCUUGAAUUGGAGUGUUUAUAAGUGAUAAAAUUAUCUCUUUAUUUUUUACAUAAAGAAUUAUCGGAAGUUUUAGUACUGAUAUUAUCAGAUGACUUCAUUGUUAUAUAUAGAAGAUAUACAUUGAUGUUUAGUGCAUAUAUUUACCUAUACCAGACAGUGCUUGUAUUUCACACUUGUAUAUAUAGAGCAUUUGUUUCUGAAAUUGUUGUACAGGUAAGAUGAAAUAUGUAUCAUGUCUGUUCAUGUAACCCGGUAUAUUUUGUGUGAAUGUACAUGAAUAUUAGUUUAAAUUGUACAAGUCAUGAUCAUUUUUAGGUUGUUGUUUUUUUCUGGAAAAGAAAAAAAUUGAGGUAUUGUCAUGGUUUUGGCGUGGUGGAAUGUAACAACUUUGAUCUAGGGCAUAACUUUAAAAUCAUUUAAAUUUUUAACAUUUAACUAAGUAAACAGGUUACCAGUGAUAGUAUGCUUAUGCGUAGCAAGGCCCACAACUCUGGCUUAGAUAGAUGUUGAGUUAUGCCCCUUGUUCAAUUCAGAGAAAAACAGAUGAGUGUUGGUUACUUUUUAUGGUGCUCUUGUUCAUAAAACAUCAAGUUUGAUAGAAAUGGAAAAGACUGUGCUAGAAUAUGCCAUAUAUUAAUGUUUAUAUUAAUAUUCAAAUUUUGAAGUAUUGUUUCAGUGUUGUAUCAGAUCUUCCUGCCAUUAAUAUCAGUGUUUUGAAGCUUUGGUGUGUCAUGUAGCAUAUAAUGGAACGUGACAAGCAAAUAUGGUCUUGUGGUAAAUAGUAAAAUAUAAAUUUUCGGUAUUAGUGUUUUUGAGCUUUGGUGUGUCAUGUAGCAUAUAAUGGAACAUGAUAAGCAUAUAUAGUCUUGUGGUAAAUGGUAAACAAUCAAUAUUCUGUAUGGUAUCAGAUAUGUUUUAUGAAGAAAAAAGACAUGUUACUUACUUUAAAAGUAUCCAGAACUUUUAAUAUACAUAACACCAUGGGAACAGCAAUUUUGUUUUCAGAUACAAGGAACUAUUGUUGUCAUUGUUUCCUUAUGUCAUAUUUACUAAAAGACACAUUUCUGCUUGUUUCUGUUCAUAUAGGGAUGUCUGUGCACAAGAUGGCAAUUCACAUAAACAUUGUGAAAACCUGGGUUGUAUUCAUAAAGAAACUUAGUAGAAAAUUUAUCAAAUUUAGUGAAAAUUGACAGAUUUUUAACAAGGAAUAGUUAAAUAUUCCUACAGCAAUUGAGGUCUUUUGAUUUAAAUUGACCUACUUAUCUGUUUGCAUUUCUUUAGUUUAUAACCAUUCAAUUUACAGUUUUCAUUAAUACAACUUCCCUAAAAGCCAAUUUCAAUUUAAUUGAAAAAUAAUUCGUGCCUGUUUCAUUAAAUACGAGCCCUGGGGUCUCAUUCAUGGUUUGAAGAAAUAAUUAAAAUUAUUUUUAACUGGGAAAUAAUAAUUGAAGUUAUAACAACCAACUAUGAUUUCACAAACUAUUACUUUCAAUAGUCAUGUUGAACAAAACAGUUCAGAAAAUGAUCAAUUCUGUUGAAAAAAAUAAAAAAUAAAGCAGAUGUUUGGUGUGAAAUAUCUAUAUUGCCAGUCCUGUAAAUUGUGUUCUUUUAAAAGGGUUAAGUCAUUGAUAAUUUUACAUCCAAUUGGUGACUACAUCAUACAUAAUUUAUUAAUAAAUCAUAUAGGAUGCCAGUUUUGCAAAUGGUAAAAAAAAGACAGCAAUUGUUAAAAGAACAAUAUUCAAGGACAUUUAAAAGAGAAUAUCUUGGUACUGGAUCCAUGAAACAUUUUGCAUUCUUACAAUUAAAUAAAAAAUUGUUCUCUAGUUUUUACAUUUCUCAGGUUUUUGUGAAAAGUUAUAGCCGCUUGUUUCAUUUAAUUUGUCCAGCACUUGAUUUAAAUGUAUUUGCCAUCUAUUAUGUUUGUUUUUUGUUAGUCAUACAUGUUUAUUAGGCAUAUAUGCACAUACACAUAGAUUAAGGCCUUAGUCAUAAGUAUCAUGUAGUCUGUAUGUUCUAGAAUCAGCAGAUAUUCUAUACUCAGAUGCCAUUUUUAAUGCAUUUAGAUUUUGUUCUUGAUUUAUGGGUCUUUAAGUAGGCAGUUUAGGUUAAGUGUUAUAUAAGCUGAGACUUAAAUGUAAGUUCAUUUACGUAGCAGAGAAAUGUACAAUUUAAUAUAAGCUGGCUUGUCUUGUAAUAUAAGCAGGCAUAUGUUGUUAUAUAAGCAGGCUUAUCUUUUAAUAUAAGCAGACUUAUGAUGUUAUAUAAACAGGCAUAUGUUGUUAUAUAAGCAGGCUUAUCUGGUAAUAUAAGCAGCCUUAUGAUGUUUUAUAAGCAGGCUUAUAUUGUUAUAUAAGCAGACGUGUGAUGUUAUAUAAGCAGGCAUAUGUUGUUAUAUAAGCAGGCAUAUGUUGUAAUACAAGCAGGCUUAUGAUGGUAUAUAAGCAGGCUUAUAUUGUUAUAUAAGCAGGCAUAUGUUGUUAUAUAAGCAGGCAUAUGUUGUAAUACAAGCAGGCUUAUGAUGGUAUAUAAGCAGGCUUAUAUUGUUAUAUAAGCAGGCAUAUGAUGUUAUAUAAACAGGCGUAUGUUGUUUUAUACGCAGGCAUAGGUUGUUAUAUAAGCAGGCUAAUGUUGUUUUAAAAGCAGGCGUAUGUUGUUUCAUAAGCAGGCUUUUAUUCUGAAACAUUUUGUAUGAUAAAUGACAAUGUGUAAAGAAAAUCUGUGUAAGUAAAGUCAUCAUUCUAGCCUGUUAAAAUGUUUUAUUAUUUUUAUAUUAAUUUUCUGAAACAUGAGAUCUGUUUCUAUGGAAACAUGCAUUUUCUUGUUUAUUUAACUUAAUACUGUAUCGUAUAAUAGUGGCUCUACAAGUGUGAUUUGUAAAAAAAUCCAAUUUUCCCUUUUUUUGUUUGGAAUGUCCUGUUUUUGAUAUUAUCUGCAAACACUUUUUUUAUGGUUUUUUUGCCACUUGGAGAGUAUUAAAUUAAUUUGCUGCUCGUGAGGUUUUGUUGUUGAUUUUUUGCUACUUAGGUGAUUUUUUUUUGCUACUUGGGAGUAUUUUUGAAUUCUUUGUAACUUGAAAGUAUUUUUUUGAAAACUAUCUUUAUAUAACAGCACAUUUUAUUUAUACAUAUAUUUGCUUAUGACAUAAUUAAUUGUAUUGUGUUCAUAUGCAUUGUUUGAGAGAUCUGUAAAAUCCUAUGAUAGUAUACUUGUAUAUAGUUAUUAUGGAGAUAAAUUAUAAUUGGACUUGUUUUUAAAAUAUAAUCAUUCCAUAUAUGAAAGUUUGUUAAAAUAUUUUGAUUGAUUGAUUGAUUGUUGUUGUAGAUUGUUAAAAUUUUGCUGAGUCUCUUAUGAAAUUAAUCUAGGAACAAAUUUAACAAUCAUUCAAUUAAAUAUUUAAUUUAUUAUUGCUUUCAGCUGAUUUAAUAUUGAUGUGGCAAAUUUUAAAAUGAAUUAGAUUUGACAAUAUCAAAAUAAUGAAAAUAAUCACAAAAAGGUGUACCAUGCGAAAGUAAACAAUCUACAAGAAUUUAUUGGUCAUUCUUCGAUCAAUUGAAUAUUUGAUUGAUUGAUGUUGUUGUUUUGUUCAUGAAUUAACUAUCCUCCCUCAGGUUUAAAAUUGUUUUAUUGUUCAAGUUAAGAAUAUAAAUAUUAUUUUGUGAGUGAUUAUUAUUAUUAUUAUUAUGGAUUGUUUUCUUGCUUUAAAACAUCUUUCUUGUAAGAACCUAUUAUUACAACCGGGUAACUGGUUAUUUAAGUAUCCAAUUUUCAUUUACGUCAAUAACUAGAGAAGUUAGUGUUGGCAUGCAUGUCUCUACCAGUUGAAUCAGUAGAUAAAUUCUUAUUAAAAACAGCAAAUACACACACAUGGAUUUCUGAUGCCUGGACCCGUUUUCACUUACAUUCUGAGUCUGAAUUUAAGACUCAGACAAGCUAAAUCUUAAUUUUUUGUAAAAAUGCUAUUAAAGGAGCAAAGAUGGCCAUAAAAAUUUGCUGAAUAGUCGUGUCUACAUGAAGGUGAUGCUAUUAAUUAUGGAGCUAUCAGAGGAGUAUACUAUGUUAUUUGUGGGUCAGAUUCAUUAAUAAUUAAAAUGGCCACUGAUCAAAAUGAAUGCCAAAUUCAUGUUUUGAUAUUAUCAAGCAGCAGUGCGUUCAAUAAGGCGAGCGUUUACAAAACGUUUCCAAACAUUUUGUUUUGUAUCCCUGUUGCAAUGCAGCGCAUAUACUGCAAGCGGGGAACCAAACAGCAAACGUUCGCUGCAAACAUGUUUACUGAACGCAUGGCAGGUUACUUACCUGUAUUGAGUUUGUGUAUUAGCAAUGGCUGUAGAGACAUUCGAGGCAACACUAAGAAAGUUAAGUUUUCAUUUUUGCAUCACUAAACAAUUGUAUCAUCAUCUAAAGCUGAGCAAACAACGUUAUUGCUUGAUAAAUGCGUCAUAAACUUGCUUACUUCUCACAGCAAUAUGAUGUGCCAUUUACUAUUUACUAAUGGACAAAUCCACUUCUCUUUAGUAUUCAUCAAACAUGGAUUAUUAUUUUCAUGAAUGGGGAUCUUGAUAAUUCUUCCAGCCUAGUAAUAAUAGAAGAAAAAGAUUAUAACCGUACAAGAGACUAUGUUUGUGGUUUGUAAUGACAAGUAAUGAUAACCUUUUACAUAAAACCAUUGAUUUAAUAUUAGAUUUUCGACCUUGCAGGUAUAUUCGAGCUUAUAGAAACAUUAUCAGAGUAUUAUAUUUUUACCAAUUUUUUUUUAUAUAGAAUUUGGCAAAAGUUCUUUUGGUCUUCAAUUACUGUAAUAUUCAUGAAUUAGAUUAUUUCUGCUCACAUGUUUUUGUUUUUAUAGUUUAGUUUCUUAGUUGUUUAGUCUAGUGCUAUAGUAUUUCCUUUAGUUUCUUUACACGCACGUUCACUCUCAUUGCAUUUCAUUGUUACAUGUAGGUCUGGUGUCUUAAAAUAUUAUAACAAAUGUAAUGUAUUGUUGCUGAAUUUUGUAGCAUGUUGCCUUACUUUCAUUUUUUAUAGCUAAUUUUUUAGCAUGUUGCCUUAUUUACAUUAAAUAUAGCUGAAUUUUGUUUUAUUUCCUCCAAUAAAGUUUUUGUAAGUUCUUAGGAGCAGUUGAAUGCUAUUGAAAAACUUUCUUAGGAACAAAAUAGCUCCAAAGGUUCUUUUGGAAUGGUCCCCUUACUUUAAAGAACAAUUUUGCUUACUGUUUCUGCGCUAUUUUUGGAGGCAAAUUAUUUAAAUUUUAAACAAGUUUGAAUCUUGUAUUGGUUGUCAAAGAAUGUGAUAUUCUUUAUAUAUUGUAAACAUUUGACCAUUUAUAUGGCUAAAUAUGUAAAGCGUCACUAUAUAAUAUGCACAUUUUAAUCACUAUUUAUUUAUGAUGUCACUUCAAAGGUUUAAACCCGAAUGAUAUACAUUUAUCAAAAGUAUAUUAUGACAUUAUUUCAUUGCAGUGACAUCAUUUAUGAUGUAGAAUAAAUUAUAUCAGAAUUUUUGAAAAAAAGUAACAAAAACAUAGGAUACUUGUCGAAAUAUUAUUAAUAUAGCUUUAGCGAGUUGCACGGCCUAUUCUGUUGUAUUUUAGUGCCAUCAAAUAUCCAUCUUCAGCCCCUUAAAUUUUGAAGGAUUUUCUCUUUACCAAAGAAGCUAUAUACAUGUAUUUGUAUUUACUAGGUUAUAAUAUUUUUACAGGCGCAUAUCUUGUAUUGUGUACAACGCUGACAUAUCUCAUGAUUAUGUAAAUCUCUGACUUCAUCUGUUAGUGAUCUGUCGCAGGAGACAACUACAUGUUGUUCACAUUAUCUAUAAUAAUAAAUAUUUUUAAAUACAAA